UUUGACGCCGUCUUGCGAUGUACACAUAAACUGCAGCCCUACUGACCUUUACCUCCAAGAUGGCCUCCGACACAAAACACGGAACCGUCACCUGUCUCCUUGUUCUAGGCGUUCUAACGGUCCCCGUGGCGUCUGUCUACACUCUGACGGACUCAGGCGGGCUGGGGGCGAGGUUUGACGGGGUGGGAGGCCUGAGCGGCGGCGGGGCGACCUCGCGUCUCCUGGUGAGCUACCCCGAACCCUACCGGUCCCAGAUCCUGGACUACCUGUUCAAACCCAACUUCGGGGCCUCGCUGCAGAUUCUCAAAGUGGAGAUAGGCGGAGACGCCCAGAGCACGGACGGCACGGAGCCGUCCCACAUGCACAGCGCGGCGGACCAGAAUUACACCCGCGGGUACGAGUGGUGGCUCAUGCGGGAGGCCAAGCAGCGCAACCCGGGCAUCAAGCUGUACGGGCUGCCCUGGGCCUUCCCGGGCUGGGUGGGCGAGGGCCAGGCCUUCCCCUACCACCGGCCGGAAACCACGGCCGGGUAUAUCGUCAACUGGAUCCUGGGCGCGAAGUCGGUCCACAACCUCACCAUCGACUACGUGGGGAUUUGGAACGAGCGCGUCCAUGACGUCAAGUACAUCAAGACCCUGAGGAAAACGUUGGACGACAAUGACCUAAGUCACGUGAUGAUCGUGGCGCCAGACGGAGGCUGGGUACAGAUUUCGAAGGACAUCAUGGCGGAUCCUGAGCUGGCUGCUGCAGUCGGCAUUAUUGGGUCUCACUACCCGGGCACUCACAGUGCGCCCAUGGCCCAGCAGACCGGGAAAACUCUCUGGUCCUCGGAAGACUACAGCACAGUCAACAACGGCACGGGCGCCUCGUGUUGGGCACGGAUUCUCAACCAGAACUACGUCAACGGUCACAUGACCAGCACCAUAUCCUGGAACCUCAUCGCCAGCUACUACGACGACUUGCCAUUCCCACGAUCGGGUCUGAUGACAGCCAACCAGCCCUGGAGCGGUCACUACGAGAUCAGUGACCCCGUCUGGGUGACGGCCCACACCACCCACUUCACGGCCCCCGGCUGGAUGUACCUGAAGGGUGUGGGUCAUCUGGACGGCGGCGGGAGCUAUGUGGCCUUGACUGACGGGAAGGGUGGUCUGACGAUCGUCAUAGAGGCCAUGACACACCAGUACUCGCAGUGCGUCCGCCCGCUUUUACCGCCUUACUCCGUCAAGUCGGGACAGGCCGCCACUUUCCAGCUUGGAGGCGCUUUUGAGAACAUCACCCGUCUGAACCUUUGGUACUCGAAGCUCAUCGGCAGCCAGGUUGUCCAUUUUCAGUCCAAAGACCCCGUGGUAGUGAGCGGGGGAAAGUUUUCUAUAGAAGUGGACGAGAACUGCCUUUACACCCUGACUACUGUGAAGCAGGACCAGCCCAAAGCUUACCCAAAAUCCCCUGCGUCGGCACCGUUCCCACUUCCAUAUAAGGCCAAGUUCGACGGCCCAGCGGACUCCAGCGAGGCGCCGUAUUUUGCCGAUCAGACAGGAGUUUUUGAGCUGUACGUGAAUGAGAGCAGCUCGGAUCACAGCCGCACACUCAGGCAGAACGUGACCGAGAGGCCCAUCGUCUGGUGCAACGACGCUGACGCAGCAAUCAGCGUCAUCGGUGACUACAACUGGUCGAACGUCAGCGUCAGCUGCGAUGUCAUGGUGGAAUCGGGAGGGGGCGCUUUUGUGGGAGCGCGAGUGGACCAUGGCGGCUGUGACGUCAGCCAGGCCAGGGGCGUCUUCUUCUGGCUUCUGGAAGACGACACCUACAACUGGGUGGUGUCUUCAGACAUCAACAGAAACUACAUCUUAGGGCAAGGGAAGGUCGACGCCACCGUCGUCGGCCAGUGGCACACGCUAACCCUGUUUGCGAAGGGGGACAACACAGCCGGGUCUCUGAACGGGAAACUCUUGUUCGACAUCACCGACGCCCAACUCCCCACCACGAAGGGUUUUGCCGCCGUAGGGACUCUAGGCUUCCAGAAAGUGCAGUUCGAUAAUUUUGAUGUGGACAAAGCGAAAUAAGCAGUUGUUGUGAUUAGAAAGCGCGCGUCAGCUGCUAGUGUUAGGAGUGAAUCAACAACCUGUUUCUUUCUAAAAUUUCUAGAAGUAAAGGGCUACUCGGUCUUGACAAUAAAACUUAAGCAUUUUGAGGAAAGUAAUCCUCUCGAAUGCCAAUACAAUACAUCCACGAAAAUUUUAAGGAGUAUAUAUGUUCUUCCUGUUCUAUUCUUCUUUUCUUCAUUGUGCGAAACCUUAAACCUACAUUAAGGAGUGUUAGGCCCUCGGGUGGAACGCUGACCUAUUAGCUGCUUGCAUUCUCGUGCGGGGUACGAGAGUGGUCUGGCACAACUGGUGUCAGUUGUCUGUAUCUAGUAAUCUCCAAGCAGAUGUUGGAAG